AUGGAUCUCAACAUAGACGCCCUAAGUCGAUUCAUCAAGAAGAUGAAGGAUAAAAAUAAAUCGGCGCCUGGCUCUGUCCCUGCUCCUCCCACCCAUAAAUCUAUUUGGUGGAAUCAUAAAACCCUCGAUUAUCUUAAGGAGAUUGUGGAAAACAAAUCAGACAGCAUUUUUUACGGGAACUGGGAAAAUAUGUCUGACUUUCGCUUUCAAGGCUUAAGGCUAAGUUGUCUUGCUCUCUCGCAUAGGUACGAUGCUCUACUUUAUGGCAAAUACAAUUUAGCGGUUGAAGUGGAGGUAGAUCCCGCAAAUCUCAAUCCGGCGACACGAAAGAAAUUUUUUGUUUGGCCCGAUGGGCGGAAAAAAAAUUCAUACUACUCUCAUCGUACGAGACCAAAUUCUGGCAAAUGUGCAGGCCUAAACAGUCGUAUCAGUCAACUUAGAACAAAAGGAGUAGCGCAAAGUGCAGAGAUAGACCUAAGAGCUGGACCACUGGGACAAUAUAAGAUAAAUUUGGAGGAUGAGAACUUCGGCAAAUACCUGUGUGACACCUCAAGAAAUCAUGUACCAGGAUCUGCGAAUGAUCAAGCUCAAUUACACGAAUUCGGGCUACAAUUAUGGAAGAAGAACAGACCUGAUGAUGGAGAAUUUCCUUUGAAACACAAUAAGAAAUCGACUACUAAGAACAGAAAAGAUACGACUAAGAUACCGAGUAGUAAGAAGUCAUCGGAUGAUAAAACACAAUCGUCGAGGAACAAGGCACAAGCAUCAAGUAGUAGGACAAAACCAUCUAGUAGUCGAGAAACACCACAACGAACCGAUAGUCGAGAUAAUCGAGACUUAUAUGGAGUCAUUCCCCCUCUAGCUACAAAAUCAUCCCGCCCAAAGCAACCUAGUACAAGACUACCUCAAGAAAGGGGAUAUCCAUCAGGAUGGAGCAUCAUGAACAAUCCAGCCCCAGAGCAGCGACGUCGUUCACCAUCGGAAUCUAGAGAACACCGAUUACGAAGAAGUGAAUCUCUUGCAUUUCGACCAAGCCCUUCAUCUAGUGUAGAUCAUUAUCAUGAGCCUCCACGUAGCAGAAGAGAACCUGAUCAGAGAGACCGACAAGAUACCCCUCGUAAGAGCGCUACUAGUAACUCAGCGACGAAACGACCUGCUAGAUCGCCUGGAAGAAAAGAUGGUAGUAAGCGAACGAGAGAUGGAAUUGAUCCAAUAAGGUAA